AUGGGGGUGGAGUCGGAGGGUGGGGCGGCGGAUUUGGCGGAGGUUACGGAGGUGGAUUUGGUGGCAAGAAAUCCGGAGGAUAUGGCGGUGGAUUCGGAGGUUACAGAGGGAGGAUACGGAGGUUAUGGCGGUUUCGGAUUCGGCGGCGGAUACGGUUCUUAUGUCAGUGGAUACGGAGGUGUCGGCGGCGGAUUCGGUUCUUAUGGUGGGGGAUACGGUGGCAAAAAGUCCGUAGGAUAUGGCGGAGGACUCGGAGGUUACGGUGGUGGAGGAUACGGAGGUUUUGGCGGUUACGGUGUCGGCGGCGGAUUCGGUUCUUAUGGUGGUGGAUACGGUGGCAAGAAGUCCGUAGGAUAUGGCGGAGGAUACGGCGGUGUGGGUGGAGGAUACGGAGGUUUUGGCGAUUACGGUGUCGGCGGUGGAUUCGGAUCUUAUGGUGGUGGAUUCAGAAGUGGAUCCAACCGCAGCCCCAAGAUGAUGAAUAUCGCAGUACUCGUAAGCCUCUGCAUUGCCGGCGUUCUGGCCAGUAAAGACGAUGGCAAGAAAUACGGAGGAUAUGGCGGUGGACUCGGGGAUUACGGAGGUGGAGGAUACGGAGGUUUUGGCGGUUCCGGUUUCGGCGGUGGAUUCGGCGGUUUUGGCGGUGGUUACGGAGGCAAAAAAUACGGAGGAUAUGGCGGUGGACACGGGGGUUACGGAGGUGGAGGAUACGGAGGUUUAUACGGAGGUGGAUACGGAGGCAAGAAAUACGGAGGAUAUGGCGAUGCACUCGGAGGUUACGGUGGUGGAGGAUACGGAGGUGGAUACGGAGGUUUUGGCGGUUCCGGUUUCGGCGGCGGAUUUGGUUCUGAUGGCGGUGGACACGGUGGUUACGGAGGUGGAGGAUACGGAGGUGGAUACGGAGGCAAGAAAUACGAUGGAUAUGGCGGUGGACACGGAGGUUACGGUGGUGGAGGAUACGGAGGUGGAUACGGAGGCAAGAAAUACGGAGGAUAUGGCGGAGGAUACGGCGGUGUUGGUGGAGGAUACGGAGGUUACGGUGGUGGAGGAUACGGAGGUGGAUACGGAGGCAAGAAAUAUUAAAUGGAAAGAAAACGACGGACUGACCAGAUAUGCCCAACAGUGCUUUAGCACUGAUUGUAUGACCCUUAUUACGUGUUAUUGUUGAAUUAGCAUGUAUUUAAUAUAAUCUUUAUUGCAUCGAA